UGCCCCUGCGGCCGAGGCUCGAGCGGCAGGAGGGCAUGGGGCGGCGGGGAGGGCCGGGCGCUGGUCCUCCGCGAACCAUUUCGAAAGCGAUCGUUCGAGGCGUCGCUCUACAUGUAAACAUCUCGCGCGGGAGAGACGCUCGCGAGGAACUUUUUGAGUCCGGGAUUCCUGACAGGCGAAGAGGCAAUAGAUGUCGUCACCAUGUCGACCUACCAAGUGAGGUCGCUCGAGGAGGCCGACCAGAUCAUCCGGGAGCACGAGAGGAAGACCAAGACGACCUAUGCCCUCCUGAGAUCCACCAAGAACUUCGGCUGCGUUGAUGUGCCAGCUUGUGCCAACGAUGAAAAUGAAGUACGGUUUGAAACAGUUGGUGUGCCAUACUGUGGAGUACCAUUCUUUGUGGCCGGGUUAAAGAUUCUUCAGUGUCAGUCAUAUCGAGGAAGAGGAGGAAGAAAGAAAAAGGAAAUAAAGAUAGAGCUAACAGGUUCAGGUGCUGGAGUCAUUGGGGAGGCAGGUGUUGGUGAUGCUGGUGGUGAAGAGGACGAGCCUCCACAAAAACCUAUCGUAAAAAAGAAAAAGAAAGCUGGUCGCACACACAAAGUAGGAUGCACUGCAACCAUCAUUAUGAAAGAGGUCAUCUAUUAUCCAGAAUUUCAGCUGUUUGAACACUCAAAAAACAACCGGAUUGCAGUAGCUAGACAGCUAAAGGAUGCCUUAAAAUCAAAGACUCCAGUACAGAAAGACCGCAUCAUAUACGUUACGGUUCCGGCAAUGUCUGACCACUUUGGCCACACUGUUGGAAUUGGCACAACAAAGGCAGCAGCUAAGAGAUUGUAUGUGAAAAAUGACUUUUAUGGACACAAUGAACCAGGGUCAAGCAAGAGAGUUUACUAUCCUGUUAAACAAGAGAAGUUAAAUAUGGCACAGCUUACGAAGAGGAUGAAAGUGGAUGAAGACGACAUUGAAGCUAGAGCAAAAGAAGUGCGAGAAAUGUUGCAAGGCAUCAUGGGAUUAACAUAUAAGCAACCAGGGACAACAGAAGCUUAUCGCGAGCUCUUCAAAGAUCUGAUGCAAGCGAAGUUAAAAUACCAGCAGACAAUGGACUCUUUACUAGGAGGCAGCCAGAACUCCCAGAUCCAUGCUGUUGAUGGUAUUGUCGGACAGAAUGGAGAGCCACUGGAUACUACUACUGGUGAUGGCACAGCAGAUGCCUGGCCAGUGCCAAGGACUGUUACAGUCACAGCUCCAACAGUGCCAAGUGCUACACUGCCCACAGUUUCUGCUACUACCACAGUAACAACCAUUGCAGCAUCUCAGGUGCAGCAAAAUCCUGGAACUGCAGCUGCUGCAACAUCAACUGCAGAUGGUAAUAAUCAGGAAACAAGUAUCUUCAUUGAAGCCAUGGAAGCCAUACUGAACUCACAGAUGUAGGCUUAAUCUCGUGAGUAGGACUCAUUAAAUCUUCAAAUAAAAGCUUUGAGCCAUCAAAGCCCUAGAGUAGAAGGAAACUUUAUUUGGCUUUCAUAAAUUCUACUUGAGGUUGAAAGUGAAGGGCUUCAUGACGAGAAAGGAGUGAGCAUGAAAGAAGUUUGGAAGUUUGUGUCAUUUUCACUGAAGAGAUUUUUAUUUUUCUUUCAAGUGUAAAUUGGGUAUAAAAGAUGUGAUGAUAAGAAUUGUUUUGAUAUCAACCAGUCUAGAGGGUCAUGAAAAUUAACUGUCAUAAUGUACAUUCUGCAACAGUUUUGAUCAGGCCACUUCUGGCCAGCCGAGAGUUUUGGAAGGGUCUUUCUGGAGGUGCCCGCCACAAACUAACUGUCAAGAGGGCUUCCUGUGCACAAACACUUUUUCAGACAAGACAAGACUUUGCUCAGACUGUAUUACUUUUAAAUAUUGCUGUGUAUAUGUAAUGAAGAGCAUAGUUCUACACACACGCAGGCAUGCACGCACGCACACACUCGCACGCGCACGCACACACACACACACACACACACACACACACACACACACACACACACACACACACACACACACACACACACACACACACACACACACACACACACACACACACACACACACACACACACACACACACACACAUAUGCAUAUAAAUGCACUCAGUAUUUAAUUUCCUAGCGACAACCUGUGGCAAUUCUUAUAUAUAGUUUCUGUUUUAUCAGUGUUAAUGAUAUUAGAGAGUAUAGAUUAACAUAUAAUUUCAUCUUUACAAUUACACAUCAGUUGCUUUGUAUUAUAUACAAGAUUAUUUUCAUUAUAAGUGUGACACAAUCAGAGCAAAGCCUUCAAUAGUUUGUGUUCACAUAUGUUGCCAUGUAUUGAUAAGCUGGAGCUUCCCCUCCACAAAGCCCAAGCCAUAAAUUCGUCAGGUGGCUCAGUCAAGAUUACUGUAGAAUGUACAAUUUAUUUAUUAUGGUAGCAUAUCUUAUUUAAAAGGUGUACUGUAUUGAUCAAAAUACAGAAUAGCACCUUACUUUGUAAAAUAUAUAUUUUAAGGAAACUUGGAAAAGUGUCAUUAAGAAGUGAAAAAUUCUAGAUCUUGAACAGUGUUUUCAAUGUGUUAGUGCAGCUAAGAAUAGGCUAAGUGAUAAGGAAGUUGUGUAAAUAUUCCAAUUGAAAUUUUGUUAUUGCUGAUUUAUGUUUAUUUUCUUUAGAAGUGUAAAACUGAGCUUAGUGUGUUAUUCAUUUUGAAUAAUAGAAUAAUACAUUCUUUCAUUUGAAUGCAGUAGGAUAAUUUUUACUUUUGUAUUGUAAAUAAUAAUUAUUUAGAUAUUUUAAUAAGGGAUAGGCUUAUUUACUACAUUAUAUAUGAAACAUUGUAUGCAGAUCAGUUCAUAGUUCUGAAGACUUUCCUUGGUUGACUCGACUGUUGUUAUGCAGCUCUCAUUAUUUGUAACACAUGAUAUUUCACCUAAAUCUUAAAUAUCUUCUCUGUUAUGUUCUAGAUUUUUAAUGUCUGAUUUGCACAGUUUGGAUUUAUGUUGAGUGCUCAUAUUUUGUUCACUUGACAUAAAGAAAUAUGAAGUUUAUAAAAAGAUUCAUAAAAUUUUUCUUCUGUCA